UUUGGCUUCCAUUCCAAUAAAUUCCAGCACAUUUGGUUUGCUCAUAUUCCCCUGUUUUCGGCUCAACCCAGGAAUUGGAAUCCCACAGCUCCCCAUUGGGUUUUCUUGAUUUUUCAACCCCUUUUGAUUGAUUUUUGGUUCUUCUCGUUCAAUGUAGAAGGAGAGGCCAAUGAUAAAAAAAAUGGGGAUUGUGAGAUUGUGACAAAUUUUAUGAAGUGGUUGGGGUUUGAUGUUGGGAGCUGAGGGAUGGAAAAGCUGGGGAUGGAGAAACCUUCUACCAACUUUGCUCCUGCAGGAUCUAGGGCUUGCCUCUUAGAUCUUUUAUGCACGGAAACACCUUGUUGGGCCAGUGGACCACGUCAACGUCUUGAUAAGCUAUUGAGUCAGUCGGGGAACAGGACUUGUGCAGAUUGUGGAUCACCUGAUCCGAAAUGGGUAUCUCUGAACCUCGGAGCAUUCAUUUGCAUCAAGUGUUCCGGGGCCCACCGGAGCCUUGGCGUGCACAUAUCGAAGGUGCUAUCUGUUAAGCUCGACCAAUGGACCAAUGAGCAGGUUAAUUCUCUCUUAGACCUUGGAGGGAACACCAUGGUGAACUCUAAGUACGAAGCUUGCAUCCCUGACGACCUCAAGAAACCGAAUCCAGAUUCUUCUGUGGAGGAGCGUUCUGAUUUUAUCAGGAGAAAAUAUGAGCUGCUGCAGUUCUCAAAUCGGGAUGAAGAGGUGCCCUGCCCCUUCCCAGCCGGCUAUCAUAAAUGUGCACAGCCAAUGAGUUUUUCUUCAAUCAAUUCUCCUCCUUCAUCUCCAUCUCCGUCUUCUACUCAAGAUAAUAAGAAACAUUACGAUAAACAAGUGACCAGGACUCGAAUUGGGAUUGGGCACACGUUUCGUAACAGCUGGGUGAGGAAAGAAUUCGACCACAGGUCCUGCAGAAAGAAAGUCCCAUUGGCGGGAAUGGUUGAGUUUGUCGGGUUGAUAAAGGUCAAUGUGGUGAGGGGAACAAACCUAGCGAUCCGAGACGUGCUGACGAGUGACCCAUAUGUAAUCCUUUCUAUGGGUCAACAAACAGUGAAAACGCGUGUCAUAAAAAAUAACCUCAACCCGGUCUGGAAUGAAUGUCUCAUGCUGUCGAUUCCCGAUGAUGUUCCUCCUUUAAAAGUGCUCGUGUAUGAUAAGGACACGUUCAAGGCUGAUGAUUUUAUGGGGGAAGGCGAGAUAGAUAUCCAGCCACUUCUCUCAACCGCAAGAGCCAAUGAGACAUGGGGUGUUGUUAAUUCGAUGCUUCUCGGGAAGAGGGUGGCAAGCAGAGAGAGUUCCAUAGUGAAGGAUAGUGUGAUCAACUUGGUCGACGGGAAAGUAAAACAAGAGAUAACUCUGAGACUGCAGAAAGUCGAGACAGGAGAGCUCGAGAUAGAGCUCGAAUGCGUUCCUCUCAGUCAAUAAGAUCUUCUCUUUUUCCCUUUCCCUUUUGUGGCUGGACCGAGCCAAUAGCAGUAAAGAAAACAGAUCAUUGAUGCAUUAUCUGCUUUAUCAGUGUACGCUGUGUAUAUUAACUCUAUCCCUUUAAUAGCAAUACGGCAUUAAUAUUCAGCAA